CCUCCUCAGAGUGCGGCGGGCGCUCCGCUGCCGAGCAGGGCUCGCCUUGCCGCCCGAGCCGCCCCGCCGCCCGCACCGCUGACCCGACGGACGGAGCCGAGCUGGGGCCGCCGCUGCCGCCGCCCCCUACGGCGGGAGCUCUGGCGGGGAGGAGAGGCCGGGCUGCCGGGGGCCGAGGGAAUUUCCACAAUGGCGAAGAGGGAAGAUGGUAAUUGUGCUGUUGAUCAGAAUGCAAGUCAGAACAUCAUGCCAAGAAGAAAUAUAGGAAAUCUUAACUACUUGAAUGUGGAUAUGCAAGUCACCAAUCCACCAGAAGCAGCUGCACUUUUUGAUUUACAUCAAGCACACCAUUUUGGUGAGUUUGAACACUCUUCAGAACAGCACUGCAAGCAGGAUCUGUUCCCUAAGUGGCACUUGCCAAUGAAGAUAGCAUCUGUGGUCUCAUUAUUAAUAUUUAUUUAUACUUCUAUGAGAGAUGUCAUAUAUCCUUUUAUAACCAGAAAGGAAAAUGUUUUCUAUAAAAUUCCAAUCCUUGUCAUAAACAAAGUUUUACCAGUGGUUUCAAUUACCCUUUUAGCACUAGUAUAUUUACCAGGAAUAUUAGCUGCUGGUUUCCAACUGUACUUUGGCACCAAGUAUAAAAGAUUUCCCCAGUGGCUGGAUAGAUGGAUGUUAUCAAGGAAACAAUUUGGACUUCUCAGUUUCUUCUUCGCUUCAAUGCAUGCCUGCUAUAGCCUGUGCUAUCCAAUGAGAAGAUCAUACAGAUACAAGCUGCUGAACUGGGCAUUCCAGCAGGUCAAACAAAAAAAAGAAAAUGCUUGGAUUGAACACGAUGUUUGGAGAAUGGAGAUUUAUGUGUCUCUAGGAAUUCUGGGACUUGCUUUGCUGGCCUUGUUGGCAAUAACAUCAAUUCCAUCUGUCAGUCACUCUUUGACUUGGAGAGAGUUCCACUACAUUCAGAGCAAGAUGGGAUAUGUAGCUUUGCUCCUAUGCACCGUUCACGCACUGGUGUUUGCUUGGAAUAAGUGGGUCGAUGUUAACCAAUUUAUCUGGUAUACACCACCUUCAUUUAUGAUAGCAGUUUUUCUUCCUAUUGUAGUUCUGCUUUGUAAAUGUAUACUGCUCCUCCCAUGUUUUAGGAAGAGGAUAAGAAAGAUUAGAUGUGGUUGGGAAGCUAACACACAAACCAAUCAAACCAGCAUGACUUCCAGACUGUAGAUCAAAUAUGAAUAUUUCCUAUGUAUGUAUGUAAAUAUGCUCAAGGCCACGAAAUAUUCUCUCAUGAGCUCUGUUUUCACAUUUUCUAUAGAUGUUUCUUUUUCACUUUUCAUUUUGACUUCAGGAGUAUGGCAUACUUGAUGCAAUUUUGACUUUUUCUAAGACAGAAGAUGGAAACAUUUCUUUUACACUUUAAUCUGUGUUUUGGUAUUUGAUCAUUUCUUUCUUCUGACUCACUGCUUCUAAAAUCCAAGGGUUUCAUUGUCUCAAUCCUAAUUCUUUUGUAGGCAAAAACAAACAUAAAUCAUUGCUCCAGAUGACCACACAAAGUAAAAAAAUUAUUACAGCACAGAACCCAGGAAUGCUUUCUGCUUCAUGUAUUCCUUUGUUAAAUCUCAGUAUUAUAAUGGGACAAAAACCAUUCCCCCUUAUCACCUGCGUCCUAUGUUACAGUCUCCAGAAUGGGGACCUUGGCACAUGAGCCAGACAGAAACUGUGUAUUCCCUCCAGGUCUUGAACUUAGACAAUUGGGCGAGCAGAAUUUCAGGGAACUUUACAAGGUAAAUAUAUCCUGAGGCUUGGGCACAGUUUAAAAAAAGAGUUUUUAAACUCAGAUCUCCCUCUUAUGCAGGACUAGGUGUGUCUCUGUUUACUUGAAACCAUAAAACAUUUCCCAUUUUUUAUUCCAUGAACACGUUCUUUUGUUUUUGAUGCUGGAAAUUUUCCAUGUUUUUGACCUAAUCCUGCAGCCCAUGACACGUGCUAAACUUUAUUCACACAAAUUAUUCCAGUGGGAUAACUCAGGUCAGGUAAAUGUGUUUUGCUGUUUACUCUAGGGCCAGCACAAUUGUGUGACUAGAAGAAAAACAUUAAAAAUAGACAUUUGAACCUUGCCAUUGAUUUGGUGAGAUUUCCAUGUAAAAUGGCUUCCAAAUGCAUUUGCUUUUGCAGAAAUUUUCAUAAUAACUUUAAUAAGCUCAUUAAACCUCACUUUCCCUAUGUUACAUUGGUCUGGCUGAAUUUUUAAAUGAAUAAUUAAUUUGUUAGUAUCUGUUUUAAAAUAUGUUAUUCAGUAGUAAUUAUUGUCAGCGAUCAUCAGGAAUAUUUCUGCCAGUCUCCCUGAAGGAGCUGACUACGAUGUGGACUGUUGCUGCCACCUAUUGCUGGAAUCAUCUGAAUGAGAAUUGUAAUUGGUAAUGGCUCUGGUAUUAAAACAAACAGGAAAACAAUGUAUGCCUAAUAUAUGGUGCUAAUGAUUCCGUUGUACCUUUGUGGACUUUUACACUGAGAAUAAAUAACAGGCAAAUUAAAUAGAUACGGGGAUAUUACAUUUUGCAUUUCCCUGGUUAUUACAAGUUGAUUAUUGCAACUUAAAAGUUGGCCUUAUUUGCACAUAAUAUAGCACUGUGAAAAUAAGUGGGGACAUGGUGGCCUGUAUAAUAUAGAGUGAAAUGAGUGGCAUUGUGUAUCAAACCAGUAAUGCAUGACAGAGGCAAAAACUCUAAAAUACAGGAAGCUAGUCUGCAAUGUUAAUCUAAGAAAUUUCUAACAGAACAGGAAAAAUGUGUUUCUCAAUGCCUUUGCAUUUACAUUUCUAUAAAUGAGCUAAAUCAAAUCUUUUAUAAGUCAUAAGCUCUAUGCACUUGUUACAGAAGGUAGUGUAAGCUAGCAUAACUUCAUUCAUUUCAAUCAGUUAAUAUGGGUUGAAUUCCUAACAUAAAUUACAGGUGAAAACCAAUUUCAAGAUCAUCACAUACUAUACAAACUGACCUUUUAUGGUCACCGUUCAGCUGGGGACAUUAAGCACACUUCAGACUUUUCUCUCUAGCAUUGUCCAGGAACAAACACAGAAGUGUCUUCUAUCAGCUGAAAUUUGCAUACAGUCUACAAAAGCUAUUCUGAAAAUCACACAUGACAUCCAAACAUUCAAGCAUGUUUUUCCCUACUGAUUGUUUUGAGCCUACUGUUUGCAGCCGGGUUUUCUGUGUCCCAUCUAGCCAUUUCUCUAGAAACUACCACUGAAUGCAUAUAGCCAGAACGUGAAACCUCUUAUCAAGCCUCUUCCCUGCUUUGUAAGUCUUUAGUAAACUACUUCUGAGUAACUCACUUCCCAGUCUGCAGGCUGCCCAGGAAAGUGGUUAAGUCACCAUCCCUAAAGGUAUUUAAAAGAUAUGUACAUGUGGCACUUAGGGACAUGGUUUAGUGGUGGGCUUGGCAGUGUUAGAUUUGUGGUUAGACUCGAUGAUCUUAAAGGUCUUUUCCAACCUAAGUGAUUCUAUGAUUCUAUUUUCAAGCUUUUAAGGCAUUCAGAUACAACAGUGAGGGAGGAGGCUCAUGUAGGGUUUAUAAAAGGCUACAGAAGAAAAUGCCAUUGACAGUAUUUAAUUUCUCCCUUUGUAACAGACAUGAUUUAGUUCAACACUAAUUAAACUAAAUGCAUAUGUACCUUUUAAUUUAUGUUUAUGUACCUAUUCCAGAAUUCAGUGUAUUAAUACGCCUAUAUCUACUAUAAUACAUUAAAUCAAUGUGUGUGCACAUUUUAGGCACUUAUUUGUAUAACACUAAUUACUUCUAUAAAUCUCUGCAUCAAUAAAUGCUUCAAUGUAUGCUGUAUCUGCCAUUGUGUCAUAUACAUCCUGGGUAUAAAGGUAAAAAGGCACAGUAGACUCUAGAAAAGCUGCUGAUAUGAACAAUAAAAAUGGCUUCAGUCAAGGAGAACCAUUCUCUCCAUACUGGUGAAGAGCCUGGAGCCUCCAAAGGAAAGAAGAAAACAGAAUCUGUCACUCUAGCAGAAGUGGUUUUGCAAUGCCUCUACAAGGCCUGCAAAGUACUUCUGUCAGUCGUUACAUAUCUCCAGUAUAUUUAAGUGAGAGACACAGAAUUCAAACUCUGGAGAUACACUCAUAAAUUAUUGAAGGGGUUUGAGGAAUUUUAUGCCAAGUUCACCUGGGGUAGUCAUAUCCAGAAUACUAUUCCCAAGAAGUGAUACCAACAGUCAGGAGGCUAAAGCCAGGGCUGUGCUGGCUAUGAUUUAAUGCAAAUUCCUGUUGACAGUAGCAUUUACUGCAAGCUGUCCUUCCCUUUGGCCACUCUUCUCUGUUCUCAGUUCUGCAAGUCUUUAAGGAUGUGAAGUUCAUCAGACCAAGGCAUUGGAUCCAGUCAAAAAGUAAUGGAGAAAAAAGAAUGAUUCAGCCAGAUGCAUUCACAAGUCUGAUUCACCUGACAGUCAUGCACAUAUGUCAGCAGGGAGGAUGGGAAGAGGAAUGGCAUAAAGAGGCAGUGUAACUGACACCAGCUUAAAAUGCAUCGUUCCAAGUGCUCCUAAAAGUCAAGACUUAAGUUACUUCAUCCUAUUUCAGUAGCAAGAAUAUUUCAUUGGUUCACUUAUUGGUCAUGUCCUUAGUUUUCCAUGAAUCAGUGGGCACAAAUGUGUUCUAGAAAUUGUCAUCAAAAACCGUAUAAAACUGACUGACCUCUACGUGACUGUGGGCUUUGUGGUUUCAUUUGUAGAGAUUAUCUCACGUCUCCACAUCUUUUCUCCUACAUCCACGGUUUCUAGUACUGUCCCUCAAUAACAUAAAAUGUUAUGUUAACCAUUUUUGAAAUUCAAACUGCUUUCUUUUAAGCUGAUUUUCUUUAAAUGACAUUAAAUGAAUAAUUUAAAAGAACAAAACAAAACAAAAAGACCAGUUUUUGAAAACAUGCUGAAUCCACCUCUAGAGAAUGUAAGCUGCUGUAGUCACUGUAUCUGACAAUGGCUGACCAAUGCCACUGAUUUUUUUCGGUAGUGACAGGAGUUCUUGAUCCCAUCAGCAUGCUCUGUUGUUGAUGGCAAAAUUAUUCCUUUUGGUGAGACUGUGGACUCCUUAAAACAAGUCUCAUUGAAUUCAGUUCCAUCACGGUUCAAUUUAUGCAUCGUUUGACCUUUUCUGUAGAUUGAAUGUAACAUUUGAAUGGGUGUAGUGAGGUUAAUUUAUUAAGUAGGCAUAAUAAAUUUUCAGAUAUUUUCAAAUGAAAAUAUAUAAAACCAAUCACUGGACAAAAUUCUAUAAACAUAAAAAAGACCACAGCUACUUCCAAUAAAGAUGAUGCAGCAGAA